UGGUCCCCGGCCCAGCUAUAACAAGUGAUGAUGCAAACCGCACUGGAGUGUCUCAUUCGAUACACGAUCACAGUUUAACCAUCAUCUAUACGCCGACUCUGGACACAUUAAAGCCCGGUGAUAUUAUAAAAGUCACUUUAAAACUAAGCAGUCCUGGAUUAUAAUAUAGGCCAUCGAGACACUCGACUCGUCAUAAGCUUGUCCACCAUGGCUUUAGCACCAUCUCUAAGUGGCCACGGAGGGGUAUAUCUACCCUUUCAGCGGGUAUCUGCCGUUCGCGUUCAGCUCCAGCCCGUCCACCACCGGAGCAACCCCCGGCCCUACACAUCCUUCUUCAUCAAAGAUAUCCUCGGAUCAAAAAUCGGCGGGAUCGAGCGAGAAUGUGAAAGCACCACCACCACAACCAACACGUCCUGCGGUUCGCCAAUCAGCCCGUCUUCCUCUCCGUGGACGGCGCAAGCCACCACCGGGACGACCCUGCCGUCAUCGCCGAGUAAAGACGCCAAUUUCCCCGUGCGUGAGGCUACUGAGAAGACGCUACCCUCAGGGGUGACCAAGGAUGCAAAUGGUUCCCCACUCUCUGCAUUGGAGGAGCUGGCUAAUAAGACAUUUACUGGUCUUGAGACGAGUAUCCUGAGAGCUGCUGAAGCAGCUACCGUAAAUGGCAAAAGGGACCCACUCCACCUCUUCAACCGCCAGCCCCCAAGGAAAAAGCGCAAGUCUCGCACUGCCUUCAACAAUCAGCAGAUCUUUGAACUUGAGCGUCGAUUCCUGUACCAGAAAUAUCUGACCCCGGCCGACAGGGACGAGAUUGCCUCCGUGCUGGGCCUGACCAACGCCCAGGUUAUCACGUGGUUCCAGAACAGGCGGGCGAAGCUGAAACGGGACAUGGAGGAAUUGAACAUGGACGUUACGGUCACGACCAAGAAAUGCUUCGAUAUCUCCUCGCCAUCGUCUGGUGGGGAGGAUGCGGUCGCCAUGGUGACCAAGACAUCAUCGUCACGCUUCAAGGAGGAGGAUGGCGAUGAUGAUGAGGAUGAGGAUGACCGACUGAGCACGCUGUCUGAGCAGCAACAGUGCCGGGAGCAGUACAGCCAGAGGCUGGCGGACAACUCGCAGCAUCACCUCGGCCCGGAGGAGUCACUUGGGGGCACCCUCGACACUGAGCUGCGAUGCAAGGACGGAACCACACCCACUGAGGACUGCCCCAGGUUGGAGUCAACCCCCUCUUUGACAUCCACUAUCGCCGUAUGCGGCACAGAGGGGGAGGAGGUUGAGAGCAUGGAUUGCAGUACGUCGCCCUCUAGUGGUUUCCACUCAGACGGUGAAGACAAAUGAACAAUCACAGAAACAAUAAUAUUGUACAUUACUUGGACAUUUGAGCAAAUUUUUAAGCAGCUCAGAACGUGUAUAUAAUUGAUGGGUUCUACUCCCGCUUGCACAUGACGUAGUUCCAACCAUGAAUAUGCAUUAUUAUUAUGAUGAUUAAGAUUACCACGUGUGAUAUACAAUUAUGUAAAUUAGCGAUAGGUUUGAGGUAUGUGUUCAACAUAACGAUAAUAACAAAGAGAUGUUCUCCCUUUCAACACCAGGACCAGCCCCAAUAUAUAGAGCUGCUUAAGCAGCAAAACUUAACAGGAUACUAGUCACAGUUAUUUGGGCUGCUGUAACCUUAUUCUCAACCUUAUGCACAUCGAGAUUUUUCUGUGCAAAGCAACUUGGUAUUUGCUUUAACAGUUUUGGAUAGAUGGGCCUUGAUAGUCAAUUAGAUUUGCAUUAAUCGAAUUAGUACAAUGAUAGAAAGUAGAGCCUUUGUGAAAUAUUUCAAGAGAAACUGUCAGACCAGAGUAUUUCAAAUCGGUUCAUUUUCAAUGAAAACUGACGGGUCAUCACAAAGUAAGCGUGAAACACGUUGCUGACAAACCCAAAAUUAUAUAUUUGUUUACCCUUGGCAAAAAUAAUAAAAAAAAAAUAAAAAAAAUACAUCUUUUCAAAAGCAACAUAACAUGAUCACAGGCUUGCCAUUCAAAUACCGACGUGAGGCUGAAAGGGUAAUUAGUCUUGUGAAUUGUUCCUUAAUGGAAUAUUAUUGUUCUCUGUUGCUGUUAAUAGAACUUGACCAAAAUUGUGGUAAAUUAUAAGGGGAACAACACUGAGAACCCAAGUUGCUAAACGUCAUUCUAUUUUUGCUUUCUGGAGACUUGAAAAGAUGGAGUAUUUGUUAUAUUAUUCGAACCGGUGAAAAGGUUUUAGGAAACGAUACCUUAUCAUUCAACCUACAUUUUGAACCCAAACAGGCGUUUUUCUGCGGUGAUAAACCACAGAAUAGAAGACCCAAAAACUGUCCCAGUUUGGAAAUUGGGAAAAUUAAUACCAUCCUGGAAAAAAACAUUUUAUUAUUGUUAAAACACUUCUAAAAACGACAACCGCAUAUAACCAAAAGGCCGUAUCUUUAACGGGUGCACUACGACAAAAAACUGUCUCCCAUCAGCAACCAACGACAAAAGGUUAACGAAGGAAACAGAAAUAGGAGGCAAAUGCAUCGAUUUAGGGAAAAUAAUCCAUCAUUUUUGACGACAAAACGUCUCCAGGUACGAGAGGUGACUUCUUUUUAGGUUACGUCUUUAAGUAGAACCAGCCCUUCAUAAAAAAAAGAAAGAAAAAACAAGAACAAAAACAAAUUGACAAAUCACAGUGGUUCCUGUUGGAUUGAUUGUGUGAAUUGUAGACGAAUCAAGAACCAGUACUCAUGGGGUUCGACACUCUGACGGCAACCGGAAAUAGUUCCAACAAAUGCUCCCAAUGGGUUAUUGUAGUAUGUCAGACUUAUACAGUUUUUGCGUAAUUAAGGAUAUUAGAUUAUUUCCAUUUUUGUUCGGUCCCCCUCCGGUUUCUUACAAGAUUUAGAGCGAACGAACAGAUUUUGCCUGUUGGCGUUCUCUGUCAUUUCAUGCUCGUUAUAUCAAGCUCAGCACUCAAAGGGUUUUCACAAUUUAGGCGAGUUUACAUGAACAUUGUGGAUGUGGGUUCCUUCAUCCUUUUUUACAUUUCAAUAACAGAAUAAGGAACUACGUCUUCGUUCAUUUAUAUACGUGUGUACAAACUAAUUGUUUACACUUUACAUUGUGGAAGUAAUGAACCCUACCCUUUAAUUGCUCAGGAGAAACUGGAUCGCAAACGAUGAAAAGGGUACCACAAAAAGUAGCUGAGCAUAAAAUAAUUAUGUUUACCAGAACAAGGUUACCAGCCCAGAUACCUUGU